AUGGCUGAUCAAAACAUCAACGUCUUUCCUGGGUUCGCAGUUACCGACAAUCAGCUGAAGGAAGCCGCCGCUCUAUUUCGUGAUAACUACGGAGUAUGGGGCAAACAAACCAAGCGAGCAGGUCAGCGCGUGGCUUUGUCCCCCGACCGCAUGCGAGAACAGUACCUGCCUUCUACCGCAACGACUGCUUAUGCCAGAGUGGUUGUCGAUGGGACCCUCGCAGGACAUGCUUUUGCUUGCAGAUGGCGCCAUAAGGGCUUAAUGGUGUGCUGGAUCACUCAACUUGUUGUGGACAAAAGCUUCCGCAACAUUGGACUUGCAACAACCCUCCUGAAUGCGUUGAGGUGCGACACUGAUAAUAUCUACGGGAUCAUGAGUUCCCACCCUGCCGCUUGUCUCGCUGCGGCGAAGGUUGUUUGUGGUGCUAUCGAGAGGGUUCCGCUCGACUACAUUGUCACGCAGGCAGAUGAAAUUCUCAAAAGCUCCCCUAUUUCCUACAUCCGCGACGCCAAGCCGCAUGGCACUUUGUUCAAGGAUGAGAGUGAGAUGGUUUCUGGAGUAGACACGGGGUUCUUUGUCGACCAUGAUGAACCCAACGCAGCUCUCGAAGCGAUCAAGAACGACUUGCCCUGGCCCCUAGGGGAUCUCGCCGAAGGCCACGAAUUUCUGCUCAUUAUCCAGCACAGAAGCCGUUCUAGUCGUCUGCUACAGACACAGGCAGUAUGA